AUGGCGCCGUUGAAGCGUACGAGGACGGCUGUAGAUAGGGAGGACAUGGGUGGAGCUCUGGGCAUUCAUGAGCGUGGCUAUUCGCCGGCUACUGAUGUCCAAACGACGAAGAGGCGUCGAGUGUCGCUCGUAGCCACCAAUGAUGGCACUUCGAGAAGAAAAGCUCCCGAUGACGAAUCAAGUUCCGAAGGAGAAGAAGACGGAGACGGGGACGGAGAAGAAGAAGAAGAAGAAGAAGAAGAAGAAGAAGAAGAAGAGGAAGAAAAAGACGACGCCCAAAAUGACACCGACAUACCCAACUCCCCGCCCCAAACGCAGUACGAAAUUAUGCGUGACGCCGGGUUUAAACAUCUGGAAAACACAGAGAAAGAUGAUCUUCAAGCCACACAGAAACUUAAACAGCGCCCCACCAGUGUUGGUCAAAAUAUGGCAGCGGAAAGCGGUAUUAUCGAGAGCAUUACCUGUUAUAACUUUAUGUGCCAUGAGCGAUUGCAUGUGGAGCUUGGCCCCCUGAUCAACUUCAUUGUUGGCGAAAAUGGCAGCGGCAAGAGCGCAGUCCUGACAGCACUGACUCUCUGCCUUGGAGGCAAGGCAAGCGACACUAAUAGAGGAGGCAGCUUGAAGUCAUUUGUAAAGGAAGGUCAAGAUCAUGGCAGCCUCGUUGUCAAAAUAAAGAAUGCUGGUUCGGACGCCUUCCAGCAUGAUCUAUACGGGGAUUCCAUUCUUGUUGAGCGUCAUUUUUCCAAGUCUGGAAGUAGUGGUUUCAAGAUCAAAAAUGCACAAGGCCGUAUUAUAUCUACCAAGAAGCAAGAAGUGGACGAGAUAUCCGAGUGGUAUGCACUUCAAAUGGGCAACCCACUGACUGUGCUUUCUCAAGACAAUGCCAGACAAUUUCUCAACUCUGCUACUCCGGCUCAGAAAUACAAAUAUUUCGUCUCCGGUGUCCAACUAGAACAGCUUGACAACGAUUACAAAAUGUCACAGGAUACAUUGGAUAGAACAAUCGUCCUGCGAGACGAUUUGAGCGAGACGAUUGCCCAUGUCAAAAAGGAGAUGGAGGACGCCCAAAGGUUAGCAGAGACUGUACAAAAGAAUAACAGCCUACGAGAGAGGGCUCGACACUACCGUCAUCAAGUCGUCUGGUCACAGGUUGUUGAACAGGAACAAGCGCUCGAGCGCCAAGGUGCCGAGUUGGAAGAACGAAAGCAAAGGAUUCUAGAACUGGAAGAGAACUGUGCCAAGUUAACAAGCGCUCUGGAUGAUAUCCUUGAGAGGCUUGAGCAUGCAAAGGCAACACGAAACGCACUGGAGGACGAAUACGGUACUAUCGAGGAGUCCAUCACGUUUGCAGAAAGCGUAUUCACUGGCGCAAAGAAAGACUUGACAGAGCUGCACCUUGAGGAACGAGAUGCCUUCACAAGGCUCAAGGCGGUCAAGGCUGAAAUUGAGUCAUACGAGACAAAAAUUCGAGAAGAGGAGGAAAGACUCGUCGCGUCGUCUGGAUCCGCUAGGGUGGAAAAGGAAGCUGAACUUGACAGAGCACAAGCCCGUGAGGCAGAACUGAAUCGCCAGAUCGAAGAUAACACUCAUCAGCUUCCAAGCUUCCAAUCCAAGAUUGCCGAGGCCGAGCAGACCAUCAAUAAACACCAGCAACUUAAGGAACAAAAACGCAGGGACAUUGUGGCCGCGGAACAAGGGGUCAGGGAGCUUGAGAAGAGUACGGGGUCCAUCUAUGACGGGUUUGACCGCGACAUCACACAACUUGUCCGAAUUGUUGCAGCAGAUUCUGGUUUUAGCAGCAAGCCUCUAGGGCCUCUCGGUGCCCACAUCAAGUUGCUUAAGCCAGAAUGGUCUGGUAUCCUGGAGAAGACACUAGGCGACGCUCUGAAUGCUUUUGUCGUGAGGAGCAAAAGGGACCAAUCUCGUUUGUCAAGUCUGAUUCGUCAGUCUAACAUCAAAAGGCUUCCCCCAGUAUACAUUGCGUACGCAGGGCAGAUUGACACGAGAUCCCAAGAACCUGCCGAUGAAUAUGAUACAAUCUUGCGGGUUCUGGAAUUCGAUGAUGAACUGGUUCGGUCGCAGUUAAUCAUCAAUAACCAGAUUGAAAAAGUCAUCCUCAUCAAGGACCGAGUACAGGCUGAGGCCAUUAUGAUUGACAAUGGACCUCCACAGAACGUGGCUGCCUGCAUAUGCUUUCACGAUGGAAAAGGGAAAAGGGGGCAGGGUUUGCGAAUCACUCAUCGAGCUGGUACAAUAGGCACCAGCCCCGUGAUCCCAUCGGGCAGGAGACCACGAAUGCAGUCCGACGCUGCUCGGCAACUAGCCAUUCAAAAAGAGAAUUUAAAGCAACUCGGACUCGAGCUGAGGGACUUGAAUGCAGAGGAACGACAUGCUACACAAGCUUUACAAAAAGCGAAGCAGGUGUUGGAAAAGAAUAGAAACAACAUCAAGGCGUUUGAAAACGAGCUUCGUCGAACUCAGGCUGACAUGGAGAAAACAGCAGAGGAGCUGGACAAUUUUGAAGGGGUGGACGAUCGUCUCGAUUUGCUGCGGUCUGAGCUUAAUGCCAAGCGUACGGAAGAAACUCAACUUGGCAAUCAAUAUGGCAGUCUUAAACUAUCAAAGCGGGAACUCAACGCCAAAGCCGAGGAAGCUAAAAAGAAGCUCGGUGCAGCUCGGAACGAGCAAAAAGACUUUCAAGGUCGGGUCAGCAAAGCAGAUGCGAAGAUUCACAGCCUUGAUUCAAUGAGGAAAAUAGCUGUCUCUAAGAAAAACGAUGCGUUCGAACGAGUCGACAUAGAGCGAUUUGAGCUACAUCGGGCAGAAUUGAAACGUGACGAAAAGGCCGAACAAGUCCGGGAUUUCCUUCGACAAGCAGAAGGAGUAGCGCCUGGUCGUGUACAUAUCCCUGAAGGCGAGGAUUACCAAAGUUUAGAGAAGAAGUACGACAAAAUCCAAGAACAACUGAAACAACGCGAGGCUCGGAUUGGAGCAUCCGAUCAAGAAAUUUAUGAUCGUGCCAACGAAGCCAGUAUAAAGUAUGAAAGUGUUUUGAAACAGACGCAAGAUGUUGACGAAACGAUAAUGUUAGUGAAACGUGCCAUCGAGCAGCGGCUUCACUUAUGGCGGCAGUUUCAAAGACAAAUCAGCGCUCGCAUACGAAUUCAGUUUAACUAUCUCCUUAGUGAACGUGGAUUUCGAGGUAACAUUGACCUCGAUCAUCGAGGACGAAAGGUUACCAUUCACAUCGAGCCAGACGAAACCAGAAAAAGCUCUGCAGGCCGAAAUACCAAGACACUAUCUGGCGGUGAGAAGUCUUUCUCUUCAAUUUGCAUGCUCUUGUCAGUCUGGGAAGCGAUUGGCUCCCCUAUCCGGUGCCUGGACGAAUUCGAUGUUUUUAUGGACAACGUAAACAGAGCUAUCAGUACUAACAUGUUGGUGGAUGCGGCCCGUCGAUCUGUGUCACGGCAAUAUAUAUUGAUCACGCCAAAUGCCAUUGAGGGACGAGCCAGGCUUGACAGGGACGUCAAAAUUAUUCGGUUGACGGACCCUCGACAGCGCACGCUGGUCUAA